AUGAGAUCCUUCCUCGCCUCCAUCCUCUGCUUCCUUCUCUUCUCCUUCGUUGCCAUCAAUGCGCAGUCCAAUCUGACGCCAACGAACAUUGCCGAUCUUCUCCAAGAGGAGGCUGUUCUCCCCACUGCCGCUGAGGAUGUCGUGACCAGCUAUGUCUUCCCUGACAACGCUGCCCGGCGUAAUGUUCUGAUGUGGGUUUCCGCACGAUUCGAAAAUUUAGAGUUCACUGCUGGUGAGCCCGUCGAAGUGCUUGUUGGCUUCAGGAACAAGGGUUCGCGUCAGUACAACAUCACCUUCAUCGAUGCCUCCUUCAACUUCCCCCAGGACUUCUCUUACUACAUCCAGAACUUCUCUCGCUGGGAGUACGGCAUGCCCGUUCAGGCCACUCAGGAGGUCACCCUCUCCUACAUGUUCAGGCCCGACGCCAUGUUGGAGCCCAGGGAUUUCGGUCUCCUCGUGAAUGUCUACUACAAGGACGCCACGGGCAGGAACUACACCAACGCCGCCUUCAACGGCACCGUCGAUCUCGUCGAGCCCGUCGUUGGCUGGGAUGCCCAGAGCUUCUUCGCUGUGCUCGCCGUGCUCGCUCUCCUCGGUGUUGGCGGUUUCUUCGCCUACCGUUCGCUCAGCACCUGGGCCAAGAAGCAGAAGUCGUCCAAGAAGGUCGAGUAUGGCACCAAGGUCAGGCAGGAGGUCGAGGAUGACUGGCUCGCCGGUACCGCUGCCGAUCCCGCUCUCCGCAAGAGGAAGCAGCAGCAGCCCAAGAAGAAGGUCAACAAGAGCGGAUAA